GAUUCCUCGCCAUCUUCCGUUCGCCACAUAGAGAGACUUAUUGGUAUACCAUCUCCAAGUCUCUUCUCAGCUUCCUAGACUUUUGCUUUAUUUCCUUUCCACUCUUCCAUCGCACAAUGGCCGACACAACUCAAGCUCCUAUCAACGGCGGCUUCCCCGCGCAACACGCCUACCACGACUCCUACAACCACGCCCAUGUCGCCGCCACCAAUGCUGCCAGCUUCCAGCCGGCCCAGUCCUCCACUCCUACGAACGCUCUUCCUGAGCAGAAGAAUGGAAUUUCGAAGGACGAGGUUGGUUGGUACUUUGUCGAGCAGUAUUACACAACCAUGAGCCGUAACCCAGAUAAGCUGCCUCUUUUCUAUGCUCGGCGCUCCCAGCUCGUCUUUGGCACGGAGGCAGAGUCGGUCCCAGUCGCGGUCGGUCAGAAGGCUAUCAACGAAAAAAUAAAGCAGCUUGACUUCCAGGACUGUAAGGUCCGGGUUUUGAACGUUGAUUCUCAGGCCUCAUUUGACAACAUCCUGAUUGCUGUUAUCGGCGAAAUCUCAAACAAGUCCGAGCCAUCUCGCAAAUUUGUGCAAACGUUCGUGCUUGCCGAACAGCCCAAUGGGUACUACGUGCUCAAUGAUGUCUUCCGAUACUUGGUUGACGAGGAGGAGAUUGUGAAUGAAGAAACCGCCCCGGCUGCGGCUCCCGCUGCCCCGGCUGCCCCGGCCGAAGAGCCUGCUGUUGAGGAGCCUGCACAGCCCGAGCCCGAGCCUGUUCCGGCCGUUGACCAGCAGGAGAACGAGGCUGCUGCGCCCGAGGUGGAGGAGAAAGUCGAGCCGGCCCAGGAGAACGGCGAUGAUGCGCAACCUCAGGAAGCUGUGUCCCAAGUGAAUGGCGCCGAUGCCGAGGUCGUCGAGACUGAACCGGCGGCUGCCGUCCCAGAGGAGCUUGAGGCUGAGAAGCCGCCAACCCCCGAGCCCACUCCUGCCUCGACUGCACAGAAGGAUGCCCCCGCUCCUGCCAAGGAGAAUGUGCCCCCGGCCAAGGCUCUGCCUAAGACCUGGGCUAACAUCGCAUCCAAGUCCGGUGCGCCGGCUCCUGUUGUGCCUGCUAUCCCCGUCCCGGCUGCUCCCUCUAAGUCAACCGCCGCUGCUGGCUCGUCCCAGCCCACCACUCCCGCUGCCGCCGCUCCUGCCGCUCCCGCCACUACUCCGGCCCCCGAGAAUGCUCCUAGCCAGCCUCCCUCAAAUGACGGAUCCGGCUGGCAAACCGCCGGUCAUGACCACAAGAAGACGCAGUCCCGCGCGGGCGAGGAACAGCCCGUUCUUGCCUACAUCAAGAACGUGACCGAAAAGGUUGACGCAAACCUGCUGAAGCAAACGCUCACUCGGUUUGGCAAGUUGAAGCACUUCGACGUGAGCCGCCAAAAGAACUGUGCCUUCGCUGAAUUUGCCGAGCCUGCCGGCUACGCUGCCGCCGUGGCUGCCAACCCGCAUCAGAUUGGGUCCGAGCAGAUCUACGUCGAAGAGCGCCGUGCCCGUUCCAAUGCGUAUGGUGGAAAUGCCAACUACCCCGCGGGUCGAGGCGGCGCCGGUCGUGGUCGCGGCGACCGUGCCGGUAGCCAGGGCCGUGGCGGCUUCCAGCGCGAGGGACGCGGAGGGUUCGCUCCUCGCGGCCGCGGAAACGUCAAGAACCGCAACCAGCCCCAGGCUGCCUAGACGAUCUUUUCUUUCUAAUUACGGGAUGAAUCAAAAAAACAUGACAAGGGAAUGUGAAAAAUGAAAAGAAUGAAAGAAGAAGAAAAAAAGCAAACGAAAAAAAAACACCCCGUCAAACAAUUUCACUCGAUGUUUUUCAUUUUGAUUGCCCUCCCCAAAUUCUAACCCUUCCAUCCUGGCUUACUUACCACGGCAUACUGAUUUGGAUGCUGACCGUGAUCCAGGGCAUGUAUUACUCCCUCUUACUGAUAAUGACAUGUGUUAUGUGACCUCCCCCUUUUUUUUGUUGAACCUAUUCUUUAUCUUAUUUUACAUUUUCUUUUUUUUUCUCUCUUUUUUUUUUUUUUGUCACAGUGCAUAUUAGCGGUUGGAAAAGUUAUUUCUCUUUUCACAUUUCC